AUGGCUCAAAGACGCUGGGCACUGCGGCAGCUGCUUCUGGUCCUCACAGUGCUUCCCUGCUGCACCAGUCUGCAGGUUUCUAUCCCGCAGGAGGAGUAUGAGAUUGCCAGGGGGGGUGAAGUCACUUUGACCUGCGUCUUCGUCCCAGCCAGGCCCGAGCUGACCCAGUUUCUGAUCAAAUGGGAAGCUUUGUCCAACAACGAAGGGGAAGCGACGAAAACUGUGGCCAGCAUCUUCAAGGGCGGCAACAUUGACAUCGCUCCGCAUUACGAAGGCAGGGCCACCAUGGAGGUGGACCUGGACCAGAGGAGGAGCUCGCUCACCUUAACCGAGACCACCUUAGAGGACAGCCGCCACUACCAGUGCAGCGUCACCAUCCCUAAUGACGACGAGGGAAACACAGCGGCCACCACCUCGCUUUUGGUCCUCGUGGCUCCCUCUACACCCAUCUGCAGCAUUCAGGGAACAGCUGAAUAUUACCAAGACAUCAAGCUGACCUGUCUGUCCGAGGAGGGAUCUCCAGCACCAGUCUAUGACUGGAAGAGCUACAAUGUGGAGAACAACCCGAGACAGCUCCCUCCUAAAGCAUUUCAAGAGGAUGGAGUUCUGUCGCUCUUCAACAUCACCAGAGAGACGUCUGGGUUCUUCACGUGCUCGUCCACCAACCGAGUCGGUUCUGCCAGCUGUACCUUCACCUUAGCCGUGAUGCCUCCCUCGUCCAACACUGGGACCAUCAUCGGUAUCGUUGCAGGAGUAAUUGCAGGCCUGGUCCUUAUCGCGAUUCUCAUCUACUGUUUACGUCGGCGCAAAAAGAACAAAAACCAGGCCCAUGACGAGAGGUCCCCCGGUGAGAUGGACUACUUCGACAAAGACGCCCCUGAAGGUGGAGAGCAGUACAAGGACAAGAAGAAGGACAAGAAGAAGGACAAGAAGCGCAAAGACAAGGACAAUGCUAAGAAGAAGCGUGGCGGAGAAGAGGAGUCGGAUGACGAUCGCCACAGUGACAGCAGUGAAAAGGAAAGGCGUGAUGGCAAGGACAGCUCUCAGCUUUACAAGGACGGUCAGCGUGAUCAGUAUCGUGGCAGCCAGGACCGUCUGGACGACCAGAGGGAUCAGUAUCGUGGCAGCCGGGACCGUCUGGACGACCAGAGGGAUCAGUAUCGUAGCAGCCGGGACCGUCUGGACGACCAGAGGGAUCAGUAUCGUAGCAGCCGGGACCGUCUGGACGACCGGAGGGAUCAGUAUCGUGGCAGCCGCGACCGUCUGGACGAUCAGCGUGAACGCUAUGGUGGCAGUCGGGAUCGCCUCAACGACGGUCAUGACCGUUACAACUACCAGAGCAGUCGGGAUGACUACGGCGAUCACGGCGGUCACUACUCCAGCAGCCACGGCCACGCAGAUGGUUACGAUUAG